UGCCAUUUCCAGCGAGAGCAGCGCUAGAAUUGUACUGGGGCACUGGAGACUUUUACUAAGGCACGUGCCCCAGUGAAUAAGGUCUAGUGACGCCCCUGCCUCUCUCUCUCUCUCUCUCUCACUACACGCCAAGAAUAAUCGCAAUGACUUUGGACUCGUCAAAGACAUUCACCAGACUACGUUACUGGACAUGGACAGUUGUUUUCCUCUGUGUAUCUCUACAGUCCAUAAGCUCAGACCAGACAGGCCUUAUUUGUGAUGAAAUUACAUCCAAUGGGACAACCAAGUGCUGUGUGAGCAACGUGCCACAACACCAUCUAAACAACCCUGACUGCGAACAGAAUUGGUUUAGGGUGAAGGGGAACAAACCCGAAGCUAUCGCGAUGUACCCAGAAAGCUGGAUAGACGUGAACAGCACUGCCACUGCAGUUACGCAUAACUGCUUGAUUGUGAGCAGCCCACAGAAUUUAACGUGGAAGUUGACAUGCGGCAGUGAGUGGAUCGAAUAUUCUGCAUCAUAUGUGGUUCCUUUUGAUGGUGGGGAUGCUGCAACGGCUAAUUCAACCAGUCAGUCAUCUGUGAUAGCCAUGUCUGUCAUUAUCCCUCUGGUAUUGAUUACCAUUGCUGUGGUGGCUUUCUUUGGCUUUAGAAAGUGCAAGGAGCGCAAGAGGAUACAGCAACCAAAUUCUGAACUCAAUGACAACUUCCUUACACCACCGCUCGCAAACUCUUGUACCACACGCCAGCAGAAUUCUGCUGUCCAAACUUCUGGAACCUUGGCCUUGGCCACAGUCUCUGUAAACGGAACCCAAAGUCAGUCAGACCCAGAUAUAAAAGGACCUCUCUUGGAGAAGGUUGUGGCCAACACUGUCUCUGGCAUUCUGCCCAAACUCCAGCAUUCUGAACACAAUGGCCAACUGCAACAUUCCAGCACACCCAUUUGAAGCUUCCAAGGCAUGCUUGGAAAAACCCAUCACAUGGCGAAAUCAAAAAUCAUUGAUUUCUGCUCCAUUUCAACCUUCCCUGCAUGGUGAAAUUUCACCAAGAUUCUGAUACCUAGCAACAUCCUAGUUACCGUUCCCUAGCAACAUCCUGGACGCCAUCAAUGCAAAAUCGUGUUGCUAAUGAUGUUGCUAAGAUGGUAUCAGAAUCUUAACUUGGUACAAUUUCACCAUGUGUUGUGUUUUAUUCUGACAAUA